GGACAUCCCCGGAUGUUCCUUCAUCUUAGCAGUGGGCAGUAAUGGCCGCUCCGCUGAAGCGCUGCUGCGGGACUCCGCUCACACCCAGCCCGGCCGCCCUCACCGCCAGCCCCGCCAGCUCAGCCUGCCCGGCCGCACCCAGCGCCCUCUCCGCCUGCUUAUAAUCGCGCCCAACUCCCCUCACAGCCCGGGUUCCGGAGACCAGCGGAUGCAGCUGGGUGAGACUGUUUCCUGUGGUUUGUGUUGAAUUAUAUAAACGUUAAUUUAGCAUUAAUUUGCAGUACAACAUCGUCAACAACGGUGACAUCAACCCUCCCACCCUGCCGUCCACGUGCUUGGAGCAGAGUGAUGAGCUCACAGCAGCGUGGGAAUGCCACCCCGCCCCUCCUCGCUCCUCACACCUCGUCCUCCAGCCAUGGUAGGCGGGGCUCGUCUCCCGGCCCAAUGGACUCCUACCCACGAUCCUCCAGGAGGGGCUGGGGUGGCACGUCCUCAUCCACAGCAGCACACGCUAAUGCAGUGAGCAGAACAUCUUCAGCCUCCUGCAGUAGCUCUACCUUGUGUAGUAUCCCCACCUCCUCUCGGAGAGCUGCGUCGGGCCGCUCUGAGCCCUGGCCGGAGGAGGCAGUGGACGACGCGUAUGGUCUUUACUCGCUGCACCGCAUGUUCGACAUCGUGGGUGCUCAUCUGACGCACCGGGACGUCCGAGUGCUCUCCUUCCUGUUCGUGGACGUAAUCGAUGAAUACGAGCGUGGAGGAAUUCGGAGUGGGAAGGAUUUUCUGUUGGCGCUGGAGCGACAGGGUCGCUGCGACGAGACAAACUUCCGGCACGUUCUCCAGCUGCUCCGCAUCAUCACCAGACACGACCUGCUGCCUUAUGUUACUCUACGCAAGAGGCAGACGGUGUGUCCAGACCCAGUGGAUAAGUACUUAGAGGAGACAUCUGUACGCUACAUUUCACCCAGAGGAGGUCGGGCUGACAGCCAACAGGCCACGCCCCACAGACGAGCAGGACCCCAGCCUGUGAUCUGCUGCCCUGCCCCAUCAGAGUCUCCAGUGGGCCCGCCCCGUGCCAAACCUGCGCCACACACUCCCAACAGGAAGAGGAAGAGGGCUCACAGUGCAGCUGACUGCAGAGAAAAACAAACCUGCGACAUCCGCCUUCGUGUUCGGGCCGAAUACUGCCAGCACGACUCGGCUCUGCAGGGCAACGUCUUCUCCAACAAGCAGGAGGCGCUGGAGAGGCAGUUUGAGCGCUUCAACCAGGCCAACACCAUCCUGAAGUCACGUGACCUGGGCUCCAUCAUCUGUGACAUCAAGUUCUCAGAGCUGACGUACCUGGACGCCUUCUGGCGGGACUACAUUAACGGCUCUCUGCUGGAGGCGCUGAAGGGCGUCUUCAUCACGGACUCGCUCAAACAAGCGGUCGGCCACGAGGCCAUCAAACUGCUCGUUAACGUGGACGAGGAAGACUACCAGGCCGGUCGGAGGAAGCUUCUGAGGAACCUGAUGGCGGGAGGGGCGGGAUCAGGCAGCCGGGAGGCGGGGUCAUCUUAGUGGAGGCGGAGUCUGUAAGUCUGCGCCAGAGGCUGGAGCGCUUUAAGCGCCAGUGGACUAAAAAAAAAGUGACCCUGGAAAGGUGCAGCAAAUGAACUGCAGUGGUGGACUAGAAGCGCUGGACUGGGAUCAGAGCACUAAAGCGUUGUGUAAAGUGACUCCUAAAAACAAUAGCAAGGGGAACAGAGCGAGAGGAGGUGUGUUUCAGGCCCCAGGCCGCGGUGAAUGUAGAGAAAGGGAUUUUAAAAGUGUUCGGAGACGUUUGCGCUUUUUUUAUUUUGAAGUAUAAUUCAAUCAAGGUGUGAAAAUAAACGUAAUCGGUGGAAACGGAGGGACAGAAAGAAAGGCAUUUCAUUUCUUUUGGCGUUUUUCAUGCUGGUUAAGCAACACUAAUGUUUUUUUUUUAAACUUGUGAAUGCCCACACUUAGUUUUUCUCUUUUGUACGUCUUUUCAUUGAGUAUUGUUGCACAGACCUUCGUUUUUAUGACUGUGAAUCUGUCUGAGUGUGUGUAGGUGGAGAAAGGUGGUGGCGAUGGGCAGGGUUCUGUCCCCGCAGCAGCUGGCUUACCUUCUAUUAGUCGCGCAGUUUUCUGACCAGCCUUGUAUUUAUAAUAUGAUGACGCAUCCGUGUGCAACUUCUUUCCUUUCUUUUCCUGAGAGGCUUGAAGAAGAAGAGGGGGGGGAACUCAUUUGAAUUUGGAAACUGUAUGUAAUGUCUUUGAGCAGCAGCCAUGCCCAAGAUAUUAGCAUUAGCAACUUCACAUCUGGUUUUAGGCCUGUGGCAAUAAUUAUGGGCGUUUCGAAGACAUAUUGUCUAAGAAAUACAUUUAUCAAAAAAAUAGUUGCACCCAGAAGUGGUUUGCAGUGAUAUUCAGAACCUCCACCAAGACAAAAGUGGGACCCUUUACUGAAGAUGACUAAAGGUCUGACUCGUCCCUGCUAUUUUGAGUCACUUUGACCGUGUGGCAUGACUACCAACCAAGUUUCAUUACUGUCUGUUAAUUUCUUCUGGGUGCAACUGUUUUGUUUGGUGAUUUAAGGUAAUUGUGAUAAUUACAGUACUUAAAGUGACUGGCCUAUCUGGAAUAAUGGUCCACUUUGAUGUUUUUUUUCUGGACUAAAUGGUUGGUUUAGGCAAGUCCAGUCCCUUUAUACUGACCGGAAUACUUUCUACUUCCAGAAUACCAGAUUUCAGUACAUACACAAGCUGUUCCCGUGUAAUUGCACAACCCAAGUUGUUUAUUGGCUGUCUAAUUGAUUCCAAAUUUGUAUGUGUAUUAACAGUGUCCGCAAUCUUUGAUUACCCUUACUCAUUGUGGACCCAUUGCACCCAGUUCCAGUACCUUCCAUCUAUUUUGUGUAUAAGCCACGCCCACUUCAGUUUUUUGUAUUAAACCUAAUAUUUUUGAAAAUAUUUAAGUUAAGGGAUCACUGUUGAGUUCAGGGUAAUGUGUUGACAUUAACUGCCACUGUGGACAGUAGGAAAGUGCAGAAUUUGAUUCUGAGCAUUUUCAGCUUCUAGAUCUAGAACUAACACUGGGUUGAAUUGAUCAACUUUUCCUCCAUCCACAAAAAGGUUCUUUUACAGCUGUUGUUGCUCGAUUGAAUGAGCUUUAAAGAAUGAUCCAUCUCAGGGUACAUUAAAAACAAUAUUAAAUAAAUAAUAUAAAUUUAAGUUUUGUGAUUUAGGGAUGCACUGAAAUAAAAAAAAUUGACAAACCAAAAUCAAACAAAAUUAUUAAUAAAUAUUUUUUAAUAAAUAAUUAUUACUCUUCACUUAUUCAACUAAACAACUUUUUUUUAACUACAAUAUUCAUUGCAUCCCUAAUUGUAAUAGACACAGAGACUGCUAUAGUCUCAUAUUAAGAUAAUUAAAGAUUAGAGAUGCAUUAAGAAAUUAAAACUAUUGAGCCAAAAAAGCACUUUUUGUAAACUUUUAGUGUUUGGCUAAAUAAUGAUCAAAUUACAACAUUUGGAAAUGUAAAUGUUGAUAUUUUUUAAACAGCUUUUUGUCUUUGAAAAGCAAGACAGUGCUUUUAUUCUGUUACAUUUAUGCAAUGGUGAAAAAACUGACAAAACUAAUGAAACCCUUACAUUUUGUUUGGUUUCUGUCGCAAUUUUUUAUUUUGGUGAAUCCCUAAAAGUAUUAACACUCUAAAUUGGGCUUAUCCAACCUUACAACAGCAACUGUAAAAAAAAAAAAAAAAAAAAACUUAAUUGUGGGUAGAGCUGGCAAUCAUGAGUUAAUGGUCUUAAUGAUGAAGUUAGUCCAAGAACAUGUGGGUUCUCAGUGGCCAAGAAUAUCAGUGUUGUGAUUUUGGACCAAAACUCCAGACUGUUCUGCGUGCGAUUGGUUAGUACUGUUUAAAGCAGGGGGUCAGGUAUGGUUCCUGUGGGAACACUCUUCUGAAAGGGAAAGCCUGGAGUCUGGACACCACCCAGUGCAAAAUGUUGUUCUGUGUGGACCUGCAGAGACCUUGAACAGCCAUCUUAAUAGCAGCAAGAGUUAUGUUAAAAAAGGGUCUGAGUGACUGCUUUAGAUGUAUACUUCCGCUCUGGAUUAUCUGGCCCGCAGCCAUCCCUGCUUUUCCAUCAAUACUUGCUUUCAUGCACAUUUUUUAAAUUUAUUUAUUGUGUUUUGAGAGAUUUGAUGCCCUUCAUUUUUCGUUUUUCUUGCCUUCUCUUUUGCUAUAAGCAGUGACUGUAUAAAAGCACGGACAGCAGCAGAACUCAAAAAGUCUUUUAAAAGUGAUGCUCACCACAGGUCUAGUGCCUCUGCUGGCUGGUUGCAGUAUAGUAGUGCAUAGCUCGGUCCAUUUUCCAUCUUGUUUUUCUCCUCUAAACUGUCCUUCCAUCUCCAGUAUCUAUUCCAACAGUUAAUUUUCCCUGUGCUAUCAGUGCCACAGUUUAUUUCCCCCAGAAAUUUAGUUUUUUAAAUCAUACUCUGCUAUAUUGUAAGAAGGCAGGGCUGCACUUAGGAAUGAAGUGAUUGAAAGACAGCUUUGGCUGGAACAGAGCAUUUUUAUUACAUGGAGAGGCUGAUUUGUAGUAGCGUUUUCGGGAGCUGGCUAGUUAAAGUUAAAUAAUAAUACUGUUAUUAUACCAUAUGGUGAUCAAUAUGCUGUUGGUCAUAUUUAACAUUUAGUUUAGACACAAUCCAAACAAUCGCAGGUGUCGCCAAAGGUUUAAGGCGCUUGGUUGCAAUUUUUUUGCAACAUUGUGAGCCGUUUUGGUUUAAUUUCUAUAGAACAAUAGAGAAUUAGACCAUAGAGUCUGUGCUUAUAUACAGUCAUUGUUUUUAAGGAUCCGGGUGCUCAACUUGAGCUCCAGUAAACAGCGACAAAAUAUCAGAAUUAAUUUCCUCUGCGGGCGACUGGUUUGUUGCAAUGCGAUUCGCUUCAGAACACUUACGGCUUAAAAAAAUAGCUCAAAAAUACCAAAGCUAAUUCCGAACACACACUUACUGUUUUUUAUGUCCCCCUCUUUACCUGCUCUCAAAUGACCCGUUGAAAUGCUGGUGGGUCAGUCAGCUGUCGCUGUAAUCGUUACGAAAACAGAUUGAUAACAGAUCGAGAUUUCCCUGUAUGGUUUUCCUAAUGGAACUAAACUAACGUUAUGAAAUCGGUAUCUAUUAUAUAGGUUCUAUGUUCUGUUGGUUGUGUUUUUGAGUGUUUGUCCAUUAAAACUUGCAUGUAAAUGACUUUGAUCCCUGCAGGCAUCACAGUGGAAAAAAACCUGAGCUGUUUUCGUUAAACUUCCGAACUUUGCAAAGUUUCUAACCUCUUUUCUACGUUUUUUUUUUUUUUUGUAGAGAUUGCGGUUGAGAGUGCUGCUGUUUUUCCUUUUUUUUUAUAGAGAAAGAGAGAUUUGGCAUUCUCGAAUGAGCAGAUCGGACGCAGAUGGACGGAGCACUUUGUUUUGUACUCGAGUAUUUCACCUCCUGUAAGCCUAGUCGAGUCGUAAACACCAUUACGAAAAAAGAAAAAAAAAACAAUGUAGGAGAAACAACGCAGCAUCUGCGGAAUGUUGCAUUUAAUGAAUAUUUGAUCCAUGAACCGUUUUAUUUUUGUUCACCAUGGCGGCAAUUGUGUUAAGUGAUACAUUUACAUGCAUAAUAGUUGGCUGAUUAAUUCAGUGUACAAAUCAAUAAAACAAAAAAACAAUUUAAUAAA